AUGGCACCAUCGACUUCAAAUCCGACAGACCUUCGUCGCGCGCCCGUUGCUUGCCUAGAAUGUCGAAAAGCAAAGGUCCGCUGUUUCCUGUCCGCAAAUAAUGGCAGGUGUGAUCGUUGUAGGACAAAUGAAACCGAGUGUGUGUUCACUCAGUCGAAGAGAGCAAGAUUGAGGGCUCAGCCAUACCCACAACGUCCAGGGAGUGAGACGCACACCCAAAGCAAAUUUUUUGAACACACCUUCCCAGAACCUACGUAUACUGGAGGCGAGUUUGCUUCUCCUCGGCUCGAUUCAGACGAGCGUUUUUUUCCCAUCCCAAGCCCGACAGUUGAUCUCGGCGACGGUCAGCAACAGCGGUCGCAGAAUGAACACCCCGGGAUCACCAACGCGGUUCGUGCAAGAAUUGUCACCGCAUUAGCCGCUGUCAGGAGCAAACGAGGGUCUCCAUUUAGUUUUAUCACAUCUGGAGAUAGUCCCUCAUUCAGUACUCAAGGAGACUAUAACUAUAAUAACGAAACCCCGGGUAGCGCGGCACACCAGAACUCAUUUGGGCAGUCUCAAGAGGCACCUACAUCGCUAAAGCUUUCGAGACUUCUACGACCUUUGAAAUUGGACAGUCAUCAUGAAGGUUCAGAUGAAGACUGGCGGCCUCCAGGUUCAGUAAAAAUGCCAAGUUAUAUCUCUUCCAUGACAUUGGGUCAAACAAUCACGGAUCCCAUAGAAGGCGGAAUUCUCACCGCAGAAGCUUCGAGUUCCUUGUUUCAAUAUUUCAUGGUGCAUAUGAAUGCAAAAUGGGAAUAUGUACUAGAUCCCCACAUCGAUACCCACGAUAGCGUGAGAGGACGGAAUGGAUUACUUUUUACCACGAUCCUCUUUUGCUCAUCAAAAUUUGCCAACUUCAGCGACAAUUUGAUACAGCGUACUCCAGACCAGUUUUUGCAAAGUCGACUUUGCAGCUUGACUCGAAACUUGGUUAUGCGAGCCCUUGCUGAAGGUGAUAGGUCCAUAGAGAUAAUGCAAGCCCUUUAUUUGCUCGUCUGUUGGAAGGAUGCCGAUGACGACGUUUCAUAUCUCCAUAGUGGCUACGCAUUCCGCAUCCUUCACGACCUAGACCUGGAGCGCGGUAUCGUCCAUAGCCGUCAAAUGGCCCGGCAGAAAAGGAUUUGGCUUGCAUUGUUUCGACAGGACCGGCAACAGAGUCUCUUUUUCAUGCGAAGGGCUUCCCUCAGUCAAGGUGAUGAUGAUACAUCUUUUCUUGGUGAUCUUGAUGCAUGGCUGAAGAUGCCAUAUGCACUGCCAUUUGAUUUUGCUGCAUGUUGCAGCGCUGAUAUACGCUGUAUACAGUCUAAGAUGCGAAAUUUGGUCCAGAGAUCUUCUGUGAAUAUGUUGCCAUGCCUAUUGGAACUAAUGGAUGCAGAGCUGAUCUCAUGGAGGGCGAAAUGGAACAAUCAUCUUCAAGGAGAAGGUAUUCAAAGGAGGCACGAUGGCUCGGUCAUUGAACCUGAUUUACUACAUCCAGGAAAGGCUCAUUUAACGAACCUGGUGGCCGUAUGGGAAAAUGGUGUCAAACUGAACGUGUCAUCCGCAAUAUUUCGCCAGGCGCUGAUGGCAUCGGUGUCCUCUUCACUGGAACAGACAAAUGAACAACUACAUGAGCCGGUGAACAUCGACCUGUCAACAAUUCAGGAAACAUUGUCACCAAAUCCUCCUGGCCUUGUAAGCAGCAUUGAGAGUGCGUUUGGGGUAUUGCGGCAUUUGAUGGAAUUUCCUACCGAAGACCUGAGAAGGGCACCGGAUGCGGUUUUGCUGCUUGCUCCAAACGCGGCAAUAUUUCUUUGUUUGUUGCUUUGUCUUCCUGGACAUGGAAUCCUUGGUCCUUCAUUUCAGAGCACAGCAAUUGGCUUAACCCAAGACAUCGCUCACAGGGUCAGACAGUCCAUCCAAUCGCCACAGGAUACGGUUGCCUUACAUUCCGCCUACCUGGAAUCCCUUGUUGAUCUAUUAGAUCCCUUGAAGGCCCCGGCAACAACGGAAUUCACUGACACUAGAGCGCAAUCGCACAUCAACAUGGAUAUUAUAGCUAGGGGGUCAGAUGGUCCAAAUGACGAUUCUCUUGCCCUGCAAGCAGCUCAAGUCCUGACCAGUGGGAUCGCGACGCAUACCUACGACAAUGGACAGACCGACCCACUGAUAGGGAUGGCAAAUGAUCCGAGUCUAAGUUUACAUAUGCAAGGAAUAGCAAAUAUUCUCGAGGGAUCGUUUUUCUGUGAUAUACCAUCCUUCACCGGAGAGGGAAAUAUCAAUUGA